UUAUAUAUACGUCCCAUCCUCCUCUCAAGCUCCACCACCUCUCCGGCUCACUAGCUCCGAAGUCCGAACACACAACUACCUCGCUAUACCACAACCCACUCUCGACGAGUGAUGGACACCGUCGGCGCCUGGCCGCAUUUUGAGGGGCAAGAGUACAGCACGGUGUGGCCGGAGGAGGAGUACCGGACGGUGUGGUCCGAGCCGCCGAAGCGGCGGGCGGGCCGGAACAAGUUGCAGGAGACGCGCCACCCGGUGUACCGCGGCGUGCGCCGCCGUGGCCGCGAAGGGCAGUGGGUGUGGGUGUGCGAGCUGCGGGUGCCGGCCGCCGGGAGCCGGGUUUACUCCAGGAUCUGGCUCGGCACCUUCGCCGACCCCGAGAUGGCGGCGCGCGCGCAUGACUCGGCCGCGCUCGCGCUCUCCGGCCGCGAUGCGUGCCUCAACUUCGCCGACUCCGCCUGGCGGAUGAUGCCCGUCCACGCGGCCGGGUCGUUCAAGCUGGCCGCCGCGCAGGAGAUCAAGGACGCCGUGGCCGUCGCCCUCAAGGAGUUCCAGGAGCAGCAGCGCCCUGCCGACGUGUCAAAGGCGCCAUCCUCCACGGACUCCACGUCCGAGGAGAGCGCGCCGUCCAUCACCUCCAGCGACUUGUCUGGUCUGGACGACGAGCACUGGAUCGGCGGCAUGGACGCCGGGUCGUACUACGCAAACUUGGCGCAGGGCAUGCUCAUGGAGCCGCCGGCCGCCGGAGCGUGGCGGGACGACCGCGAACAGGACGACGGCGUCGACACGUCGCUGUGGAGCUACUAGUUGGACGGAUUUGGAUGUGUAAAGGUUGUAGAGAGCAGUACUGUGUUUUUACCAGAUGUGGGAAGAAGAGAGAGUAAGCGUCGGGGGAAAGGUUUUCCUCAAAUGUGAGACCUCUCGGUUUCUACUCCCGGAAGGGCACACCUGAGCUUCUUUGUUUAUUCAAUAAAUACAUGAAGAAACGAUAAGUGUCAUUCGCUCCAUGGACAUGGACCAAUGACAGAAAUUAGUAAUGGACGACACAGCUCGAUGUGGUAGUACUGUUUUUGGACGGCCCCGCAAAUAUAUAAUUCAACGCGAGGUACUGUUCGUUCAUGUGUGAUGGCCAGAAUUGGCAGGCACCCAGAAAUAUCUCAAGAACAGGGGUAUAGCCGGUAACUUCCGUCGGGACCACGUGUUCAUAUUCACUUUCUCGCCUAGACACGCCCGUACCCGUUUGAACGCCAAGUAAUUCUGAACGAAUGAAGUAUUUAUCUAUUUUGACGGAAAAACAUACCCUAUGACUAUUGUGCUAAGUUGAAGAAAACCGAGAAAUGAGGAACAAAAAGACAUGACAAAACCACUUUAUAUGACAUUGACAGCCACUAAUCGCUCAUGGGCGAUGUCUUCUUUUGGCUUUCGCCAUGAAAGCAACGUCCAAAAUGAUGUAACCUGCUCACCCCUUUGAACCCUGCAGCUGAUUUUUGUAUAACUGGACCAGUAAUUGUUUUUUUUCUCGAAGCAUAUUGCUUCUUGAUUAUUGUGCUGGUUCAAAAUUCUGAAGGUACCCUAGUAGUCACAUGUAUGGUGCACUGAUCAUACCUAAGUAGUGAUUCCGAUUUAGUUUGUUCGUUUUCACAUUUUGAGGAAUAAAACUGUGGAGAUAUAGGAGUAUUACUUUUGCUUGAAGCUCUUUCAAAAUUCUCUCUAAAUACAUUCUAUGUCUAUGCACUUAUCCAGAUUAUAUUCUGUACCCUUUUAACAUUUCACAACAUCAUAUGGUGAGCAAAUAGUUUUUGUUUUAUGCAAGUACAUGUGUGCAUCUCUGACCAUGCAACUUUUCUGUUGUUAUGGGUGUGCUCAUGGGGGUGUACAACACUGUAUUUUUUUUGAAAGAUCCAGCUCGGUUGGCAUUCAUUCAUUUAGCAGAGAGAAGGCGGAAAAACAAGUGUUGAUCAAGUGAUCAUGGAGUGAAGAAAAGAUUACAGGCCUGCGCACAGGCAUUUGUGCUUACUAUCGCUAUCUCUCACGGCACGUCCCCGAACGGGUGCUCCAUGCAUUUCGCUCUAGCAAUCCUCCAUUGCUCCAUGUCUCGCCUGCAGGCCUCAGUGAUACUUCUCACGCAUGCAGUCUUCCCUCUGAAAGUGCAUGCAUUGCGCUCGAUCCAAAUUUGCCAGCAAACGAGAGCCAGCAGCGAUUUUGUUCCUCGGCGGUUUCUUGGGGAGGCUUGGUCGAUCAUCCUUUUGACCCGACCGGCAGUGGGCGUUCCCGCGCUCCAGCCA